UGACUACUUUGAAAAGAAAAAACCAAGUUAGAGACAGAAAGAGAGAAAGAAAGAAAGAAACGAAAAUACGAAAACCAUAAAAGGUAUAAAGAAAAGUAAUGAGUUAGAAGGCGAAGCGUUAUGUUAUCCAAAUUGUUAACCAUGUCGAAAGCCAUGUCCAUGUCCAUGUCCAUGUCUAUGUCUAUGUCUGACAAGCACGAAGUUCUCUGCAGAGGCUUUUCCACCUUCAUCUCCCUCCCACGCGCCACCGCGCCCUUCCGUCUCAGGGCUUUCUCCACCGCCGUCACCGAUAAGCCCUCUGUUUGCACAGCCGACGAACUCCAUUAUGUCUCCCUCUCCAAUUCCGAUUGGAAACUCGCUCUCUGGCGCUACAACCCUUCGCCUCUCGCACCUCCGAGGAAUCAUCCUCUGUUGCUCUUGUCGGGCGUGGGAACUAACGCCAUUGGAUAUGACCUUUCACCUGAGUCAUCAUUUGCACGUUACAUGUCUGGGCAGGGAUUUGAAACUUGGAUUCUUGAAGUACGAGGAGCUGGGUUGAGUCUUCAGGGUUCAAAUUCUAAAGAUAUUGAACAAUCUGCUAAUGCAAUGUCUGAGAAGAUGGAAGCUGCUUCAGAAAUUGCUACAGGUACCAACGGAGCCAUGGCUUCAAACAAAGAAUUGAAUAACAUCUCUUGCACCGUGUCUGAACCUCAGAUUCCUCCUGUCUUAAACGGGGUAGAAACUGAGAAUGUGGCCAUCAAAGGUGACCUAACUAGGCUGGCUACUGUUUGGGAUGAAUCAAAGUUGGUGGCAAGAUUGACUGAGACUUUUAUGUUUUUGUCAGAAAGGGUCUCUGGGUUUCUGAGUGAAAGUCAAUCAAGGGUAAUGUUUUCCAAAUUUCUAGAUCAGAUUUCAAAACUUCUGGUGGAUUCUCCACUAUACGAACAAUUCAAUGAGGUAAGGGGAAAGCUUUCAACUUUGUUUGAAACAAAGCAAAACUCUGGUAUUACUAGUCAAAUAACUGAUCUGAGUCAAAGACUAGUAAAUAUUAUUGAGGAAGGUCAGCUAUCUGUUUCUCCUCCAUUAUAUGAUCUACAAGCUCGCUUUACUUCUACAAUAGAAGAUUUUCAGAAGCAACUUGACUUGAUUGUGAAGUAUGAUUGGGACUUCGAUAAUUACUUGGAAGAAGAUGUUCCUGCAGCGAUAGAAUACAUAGUGAAACAAAGCAUGCCUAAAGAUGGAAAAUUGCUUGCAAUUGGACACUCAAUGGGUGGUAUCUUGCUUUACUCCAUGUUGUCACGAUUUGGUUCUGAAGGAAAAGACCCAAAUUUGGCUGCAGUGGUCACACUGGCAUCAUCUUUGGAUUACACAUCUUCCAAAUCAGCUCUGAAGUUACUCUUACCCUUAGCAGAUCCUGCCCAGGCCCUCAAUGUCCCUGUUGUUCCUUUGGGGGCAUUGCUGGCAGCAGCUUAUCCUCUUUCUUCUCGUCCACCGUAUGUAUUGUCACGAUUAAAUACUUUGAUUUCAGCUGAGGACAUGAUGCAUCCAAAUUUAUUAAAGAGACUUGUUUUGAAUAACUUCUGCACCAUACCCGCAAAACUUCUCUUGCAACUCACUACAGCAUUUCGAGAACGUGGUUUAUGCAACAGGAAUGGGACCUUUUUUUAUAAGGAACAUCUACACAAAAGCAAUACCCCUAUCUUAGCUAUUGCUGGAGACCAGGAUCUGAUUUGCCCACCUGAAGCUGUCGAAGAAACCGCUAAGUUAAUUCCUGAGCACUUGGUUACCUAUGAAGUUUUUGGAAAACCCGGAGGCCCACAUUAUGCACAUUAUGAUUUAGUUGGAGGAAGGCUGGCAGUGGAGCAGGUGUAUCCCAGUAUAAUUGAAUUUCUUAGCUGUCACGACAAGUGAUGUACACCAUCAAUUUUCAUCAAAUACAUUCUUCUUGGAUAAUACUUGAUAACUACAAUCCAAACAGGUGUGAGAUGCCUUUCUUUUAUUUCCUUUUGUACAUCAGUUCGAGCUUAUGCUGCACUUGCUUACGUGGUUGUUCGUGGUACAGACAACGGAGACAAGAUUAAUCGUUUGUUUAUUUAUACUAGGUACAUUAAAUUAAGAAGAAAAGUUUAAAGAAUUUAUAACAGACCUUUUGUACUUUAGAGAAAGGGGAUUCGGCUUUUUUUGUUUCCUAACCACAACAGCAAAAGGUAGGAAAUACGAUCGAGGAUAUAGAAAGAAAUAGGAAUUACAAGGACUCUAAUUGUUUUCUACAGCGUUUUCUUUGAAUUGUUGUAAAGUAUAUGUACAUAAUUUCCUACACGACUCUCCACAUUCUGGCUGCAACCUGCCCACUCGAUUGUUUCACCAACUUGUGUAUGUGCGUGCAUGAUAAGGCCCUUCGAUCUGAGUUUCUAUCCAAAUUGCACAGAUACUUUAAAAGUGUCACAACCUUUUUGUUUGUACAAUAGUCACAGGAAAACUAUGAUUUAUAACUCCA